AUGGCCACCUACAUGGGCGACAACAUCGAGGACUUUAAAGUGGGGAACCUGCUGGGGAAGGGCUCCUUCGCCGGUGUCUACCGAGCCAAGUCCAUUCACACCGGCCUGGAGGUGGCCAUCAAAAUGAUCGACAAAAAGGCCAUGCACAAAGCGAAAAUGGUACAGCGGGUGCAGAACGAGGUGAGGAUCCACUGUCAGCUGAAGCACCCCUCGAUCUUGGAGCUCUACAACUACUUCGAAGACAGCAACUAUGUGUACCUGAUCCUGGAACUGUGCCACAACGGGGAGAUGAACAGGUACCUGAAGAACAGAAUGAAACCUUUCACCGAGAAAGAAGUCCGGCACUUCAUGCACCAGAUCGUCCGGGGGCUGCUCUACCUGCACUCGCACGGCAUCCUCCACCGCGACCUCACCCUGUCCAACCUGCUGCUCACCGGCGCCAUGAACGUCAAGAUCGCCGACUUCGGGCUGGCCACCCAGCUGGCCCUGCCCCACGAGAAGCACUACACGCUGUGCGGCACGCCCAACUACAUCUCGCCGGAGGUGGCCACGCGCAGCGCCCACGGGCCGGCGGCGGACGUGUGGGCCCUGGGCUGCCUGCUGUACACCCUGCUGGUGGGCCGCCCGCCCUUCGACACGGACUCGGUGCGCGCCACGCUGGGCCGGGUGGUCCUGGCCGACUACCGGCUGCCCGCCGCCCUGUCGGCCGAGGCGCGGGACCUGAUCGGCCGGCUGCUGCGCCGCGACCCCGCCGCCCGGCCCGGGCUGGCCGCCCUGCUGGACCACCCGUUCCUGGCGGGCGGCCCCCCGCCCGGCGACGCGGGCGACUCGCUGGACAGCGGCCACGCCACCCUGUCCACCACGGCGGCGGCCGGCUCGUCCGGGGUCAGCCUCAGCGGCUGCUCGCUGGGCCGGAGGAGGCUCCUCCUGGCGGGCCCGCCCCUCCCCGACAGGAUGACCUUCCGCCCCGCGGGGAUCUUCUCCUCCUCCUCCUCCUCCGCGGACGGCCGCCACGACCGGCGGGGAGGGGGCGGGACGGGGGAGCGCCCGCACUCGCGCUACCUGCGGAGGGCCCGCUCCUCCGACCGAUCGACCCCCGCCCGGCCCGGGGCCGGCCCGCGGGCGGCCGAGCGCUGGCACUCCCUGGAGGAGCUGUCCGGGGUGGGCGAGCGUGGCGGGCAGGGCUCCCCGGCCGGCAGCGCCCACCGCGAGGACGAUGACGACGACGCCGCCGUCCUGCGCCUGUUCGGGGAGCUGGACGUCGGAAGCCGCGGCUCCCGAGAGGCUCCCGGGGGAGACCGAGGCCGCUCCAGGCAACCCCACACCAGGCCGGCGGCCUUUCCCGGCCCAGACGGGCCGGACCGCUCGGAGACGGUGCAGCAGUGGUUUGGGAACCUGAAAGCCGAAGCCGGCCGCCUUCGAGAGGAGCCCCCCACCGAGCCCCCCGCCGCCAGCAGAGAGUGUCAGUGCCCCCCGGCCCCGGGCGGCAGCGGACCGGCCCCCCGACCCCAGAGGGACCCGCGGGCCGCGGGGCGGGACCAGCGGCCGGGGCCGGCUCGGGAGGGCCGCACGCCGCGGGGCGUCGCGGCCCCGCUGGACGCCCACCGCCUCAAACCCAUCAGGCAGAAAACGCGCAGGGCCGUGGUGAGCAUCCUGGACACGGAAGAGGUGUGCGUGGAGCUUCUCAAGGAGCAGGUCUCCCAAGAACACGUCAAGGAAGUGCUCCGCGUGUCCAGCGACGGCAGGAAGGUCACGGUGUACCAACCCAACGCCGGGAGGGGCUCCGUCCUGGGCCCGCGGCCUCCGCCCCUGCCCGCGCCGGCCGAUCUCGCCCAGUACAGCUUCGACGGGCUGCCAGAGAAAUACUGGCGCAAGUACGAGUACGCCGCUAGGUUCAUCCAGCUCGUGCGCUCCAAGACGCCCAAGGUCACCUUGUUCACCCGGCACGCCAAGUGCGUCCUCAUGGAGAACGCCCCCAGCCCGGAUUUCGAGGUCUGGUUCUAUGACGGGACCAAGAUCCGCGAGGCAGAAGGCUCCACUCAGAUGACGGAGCCGUCGGGACGAUCCUGGGUUUUCCGGGGAGAGAGCGAGGCCGUCCGUCCUGAGCCGGAAGCACGAGUCUACAUGGACCAUGCUGACGAGGGCCGGCGGAUCUGCCUGGCCCUGGAGUCGCUGCUUUCCGAGCAAGAGAAGCGGAGCGGCGGCUGCGGCGUCCCCUUCUUCCCCAUCGUCGUGGGAAGGAAACCCAGCCAGUUGGAGUCCCUGAAAACGCAGCCAUCGGGGCCGGGCAGGUCGCCGCAGUGCUCGGCGGGCGGGGACGGGGUCACCUCCCUCAGCCAGGGGCCCGGCGGCGGUGGCGGUGGCCCCGUGGCGGCGGCCAACGAAGGGUCGGGCUCGGCGGCCGGAGCCCCCGCCGCCCCCGCCACUGCCGCCUCCGCCUCCUGGCAGGCUUCCCGGGACUGCCCCCCGCCCUCGGCUCAGCUGCUCAAGUCCGUGUUCGUCCAGGACGUCGGCUGGGCGUCGCAGCUUGCCAGCGGAGCUGUGUGGGUACAGUUCAACGACGGGUCGCAGCUGGUGGUUCAGCCGGGCGUCCCGUCCGUAGUCUACACGGCGCCGGGGGGACAGGUCACCAGGUACGGCGAGCACGACAAGCUGCCCGGCCCCAUCAAGGAGAAGCUGCAGUGCCUGUCGUCCAUCCUGCUCACGUUCGCCAGCCAGGCCGGACCGCGCUGACCGGCCGGGGGCCCCGGGCCGCUCCGCACAAAACCAAGGCCCCCGCCGGGAGCCGGGAGCCCGGGGUGGGGGACGCCCC